UCUCUCUCUCUCUCUCUCUCUCGAUUUCCCUCUCUUCUCUUUGCUCUCUUUCUCUAAGCUUCCGAGGUUAUUUUUUUUUCCUUUUUCUUGUGAAAUCCAGAAGAGAUCAAAGAUCUCACGGAGGUUGGUGAGGGGGAGUGUGGGGUUUUGUUCUCUCCCGGCGGUGUUUUCUCUUAUCUCUCAUGUUUUUCGAAGAUCUCUACGUUUUUCUCUGUCAAAUAAGCUGGGAUCGAAGAUCUCGCGAAGAGAAUCUUCGAGAAAGAGCGAUUUUGGAGCGAGUGAUGGAUCUAUCGGGCGAAAAGGAAACCGGAUCUAUAGAUCUGAGCGGCGGCAGAGAGGGUUCAGGGGAGCCAAAGAGCUGCGCGGAUUGCCGGACAACCAAGACGCCUCUUUGGCGAGGCGGCCCCUCGGGCCCUAAGUCGCUCUGCAACGCGUGUGGGAUUCGGUACCGGAAGAAGAGGAGGGCAGUGCUGGGGCACAAGGAAGGGGAAAGGAGAGAAAGGAAGCAGAAGAGAGAGGACGAUAGUAGCAGCAGCACCACCACCACCACCACCAAAGAGUUGGGUGGGGUCUCGGUGAAGCUCAGGAUGUUGGGGUUGGGAAGCGAGGUGUUGGUGAAGAGAAGAUCUAUGCUUGACAGGAAGAGGAGAAGGAUGGGAGAAGUGGAGCAGGCUGCUGUGCUUUUGAUGGCUCUCUCCUCUGGAUUCCUCCAUGCUUAGCUUUACUCUCUUAUAUUAACCUUUGUUAGUGUAGAGAAGAAGAAAAGAAAAGUUUUGGAUGGUGUUCUUUUUGUGUUUCUUUUCUUUGGUUUAAGAAGUGGGUUGGUGAUCAAUCAAGUGUAAUCCCAUCCCUGUUCUAAUGUAUAAUGUUACCAUAAAUGGAGAAUUUUGUUGGCUUUUCUA